AUGAAGACCGAUUUCAGGUUUUCAAACUUACUCGGUACGGUGUACUGCCAGGGCAACCUGCUCUUCAGUCCUGAUGGCACCCACCUCUUUUCGCCCGUCGGCAACAGAGUGACUGUCUUUAACCUCGUUGAAAAUAAAUCAUAUACCCUCCCGUUUGCGCACCGCCAAAACAUUGCCCGCAUCGGCCUCACGCCCCGCGGCAACCUCCUCCUCACAGUCGACGAAGAUGGCCACGCCAUCCUGACCAACGUGCCCCGAAGAAUAUCGAUAUACCACUUCUCCUUCAAGGCGAAGAUCAAUGCUCUCUCCUUCUCGCCCUCCGGUCGCUACUUUGCCGUCGGCCUUGGCCGCAAGCUCGAGGUCUGGCACGUGCCGUCGACGCCCGACACCAACGACGGCGGGGAGCUCGAGUUCGCGCCGUUUGUCAAGCACCACACUCACACCGGCCACUUCGACGAUGUCCAGCACAUUGAGUGGUCGAGCGACUCGCGCUUCUUCCUCACGGCGUCAAAGGACCUAACCGCGCGGAUAUGGAGCGUCGGCGCGGAGGAGGGCUUCACGCCGACGGUGCUCUCGGGGCACAAGCAGCCCGUCAUCGGCGCCUGGUUCUCGGCAGACCAAGAAAUUAUCUACACUGUCAGCAAAGACGGUGCCGUGUUCGAAUGGCGAUACGUCAAGCCGCUGAACCGGGUCAAGGAGGCCGACGAGGACAUGGGCGACGACGACGACGACGAUAUGCACUGGCGCAUCGUGCAGAAACACUUCUUCAUGCAGGGCAGCGCGCACGUCCGCUGCGCCUCCUUCCACCCCGAGUCGAACCUGCUGGUGGCCGGCUUCUCCAAUGGCCUCUUCGGCCUGUACGAGAUGCCCGACUUCAACAACAUCCACAAGUUAAGCAUCUCGCAAAACGACAUUGACUUUGUGACCGUCAACAAGACGGGCGAGUGGCUCGCGUUUGGCGCGUCCAAGCUUGGCCAGCUGCUCGUAUGGGAGUGGCAGUCCGAGUCGUACAUCCUCAAGCAGCAGGGCCACUUUGACGCCAUGAACACGCUCACGUACGCGCCUGACGGCACCAAGAUCAUCACCGCCGCCGACGACGGCAAGGUCAAGGUGUGGGACGUCGAGUCCGGCUUCUGCGUCGUCACUUUCACCGAGCACACCUCGGGGGUGACGGCGUGCGAGUUCGCCAAGAAGGGCAGCGUGCUCUUCACCGCCAGCCUGGACGGCUCCGUCCGCGCGUGGGACCUGAUCCGCUACCGCAACUUCCGCACCUUCACGGCGCCGACGCGCCUCUCCUUCUCCUGCAUGGCCGUCGACCCCAGCGGCGAGGUAGUCGCCGCCGGCUCCCUCGACUCCUUCGACAUACACAUCUGGUCCGUGCAGACCGGGCAGCUGCUCGACCGGCUCGCCGGCCACGAGGGCCCCGUCUCGGCGCUCGCAUUCACACCCAACGGGGAGAGCCUCGUCUCUGGCAGCUGGGACCGCACCGCGCGCAUCUGGUCCGUUUUCAGCCGCACGCAGACCAGCGAGCCGCUUCAGCUGCAGGCCGACGUCCUCGACGUCGCCGUCCGGCCCGACUCGCUGCAGCUCGCCGUCUCCACGCUCGACGGUCAGCUGACGUUCUGGAACAUGGAGGCCGAGCAGGUCGCCGGCGUUGACGGCCGCCGCGACGCCUCGGGCGGCCGCCGCAUCACCGACCGCCGCACCGCCGCCAACGUCGCCGGCACCAAGGCGUACAACUCCAUCCGCUACAGCACCGACGGCAGCUGCGUGCUCGCCGGCGGCAACUCCAAGUACAUCUGCCUCUACUCCGUCACCACAAUGGUGCUCCUCAAGAAGUUCACCGUCAGCGUCAACCUCUCACUGUCCGGCACGCAGGAGUUCCUCAACAGCCGGCUGCUCACCGAGGCCGGCACCGCCGCCGACGUCGACGACGACGAGACGUCGGACCGCGAGGCCGCGCGCGCCGCCGAGGGCCAGCUGCCCGGCUCCAAGCGCGGCGGCGACCCGUCCGCCCGCCGGCGCUUCCCCGAGGUGCGCGUCAGCGGCAUCGCCUUCUCGCCCGCCGGCGCCGCCUUCUGCGCCGCCUCCACCGAGGGCCUGCUCAUCUACAGCCUCGACGCCGCCGCCGCCGUGCAGUUCGACCCGUUCGACCUGCGCGUCGAGAUCACGCCGGCCUCGACGCUCGCCGCGAUCGAGGGCGCCGAGCGCGACUACCUCAAGGCGCUGGUCAUGGCGUUCCGCCUCAACGAGGCGGCGCUAGUGCGGCGCGUCUUCCAGGCGGUGCCGCCCACCGACGUCGGCCUCGUCGUCGCCGGCCUGCCGGCCGUCUAUGUCCCGCGGCUGCUGCGCUUCGUCGCCGCGCAGACCGAGGACUCGCCGCACAUGGAGUUUUGCCUGCUGUGGAUCCGCGCGCUCGUCGACGCGCACGGCGCGUGGCUGGCGGCGAACCGCGGCCGGGUGGACGUCGAGCUGCGCGUCGUGGCGCGCGCGGUCAACCGCAUGCGCGACGACAUCAAGCGCCUCGCGGACGAGAACGUCUACAUGGUCGACUACCUGCUGGGUCAGGCCGGCACCAAGGGUGCGGGCAAGAAGACGCUGACGGCGGAGGGUGAGCGGAACGGGGACGCGAGCGUGGACGUGGACAUGAAUGGCGGCGAUGACGAGGCGUCUAGCGAUGACGAGGACGGCUGGAUUGGGUUGGAGUAG